GGCGCCUCUGGCCGAGCCGGGCGCGCAGGCUCGGUGGCUCGCGCGUUGUCUCAGCCCGUCGGUCCGUCAGCGCGUAAAGCAGCUUCGCCUGGAGCGGCGGCGGCGGUGGCUGCUGCAGCGGCAAGACGGGGACCGGGCUGCUGGGUCUGCCGGUCGGUGUUGGAUGGAGGCUCCCGUCCGCCUCGCCGGUUCUCUCUGGAAUGUCCUGGGGAGCGUCCGUCGAGCGGGAGCGGAGCCUCUCUGGGCGCAGCCAGCGCCGCUGCGGCUGAGAGGUUCCUCAUUGAGUCAUAUUACUCUGAAGCUCUUUGCUACCAGCCUUUGUAACUUGGCAUUAUGCAUCCUGAUCCAGUACUUUCACACGAACUGCUUUUUCUUACAGUUUUCCUCUCAACUGCAGCUUCAGAGUUGAUUCCUCACUUUAUUUCUGAACCUCUUUCUACCAUCCAGAAGCCAGGAGCAACUAUAAAACUUUACUGUUCCACUGAACCCUCUACAGCUCAUCUCUCUUGGAUAUUCAAUGGAGAGAAAUUGCAUAAGAAAAUAGAGCAAGUAGACCCACAGCCAGGAUCCCUUACCAUUUUCUCUCUUAGUCCUUCAAAUUCGGGAACCUACCAGUGUGUUGCUAAUAACAGUAUUGGUGCAAUAAUCAGCAGGCCUGCAACUGUGUCUGUAGCAUAUCUUGAUGAUUUUGAAUCUUCAUGGAGAAACACAAUUUCAGUGGAAGAAGGGAAUACUGCUUUAAUAGGUUGCAAGUUACCAAAAAGCAGUCCAAAAGCACAGGUUCGCUUCCGCGUCCGGGGAAAAUGGCUGGAACAAUCAACAGAAAACUACCUUAUUCUCCCAUCUGGAAAUCUGCAAAUUUUGAAUGUAUCUUCAGAGGACAAGGGAACUUAUAAGUGUGCAGCAUAUAAUCCAGUUACUGAUGAUCUCAAAUUUGAACCCACUGGACAUAAGCUCAUAAUCAGUAACUCUUCCGCAGCGGAUUUUCAUAUUCUUCAUCCAACCAGUUCUCAGGCAUUGGCAAUACCUCAACACAGAUCUCUAAUGUUGGAGUGUGUAGUUAGUGGGCUGCCUGCUUCUUAUGUUCACUGGUAUAAAGAUGGCAGAGACGUGCUAAUUCAGAACAGAUGGAAGCUCUUUCAUUCGCACCUUACCAUUGAUUCUGUGGAUCUGUCUGAUGCUGGAAAUUAUUCCUGUGUAGUCCAAGACAAUUCUGAAGUUGUGAAAUACGUUAACUACAGCAUCAAUGUGCUUGAACCCGCUUCUAUAUCAAGAGGAUUGCAAAAUCAGUUAGUGUCUUGGGGCAAAAAUUUGCAUCUUUCCUGUGAAAUACAUGGAAAUCCUUUACCUAAUGUCACCUGGUACCAUAAUGGAAUUCCCGUCCAUCUUUCUUCCCGGCACUUUCCUUCAGGAAACAAGCUAAGAAUAACUCAAAUUGCCCCAGAAGACACAGGAUUGUAUCAGUGUUUAGUAAACAACGGCAUUGGAUUUUCACAGUCCACUGGGAGAUUUCAUUCCCAAGCAGACAAAAAUUCCAAGCCAAUUAUAACUUCACUGCCAGCCAAUACCAAAGUGAUAGAGGGCGACACUGUGUCAUUGUCGUGUAAUGCCACUGGAUUGCCUACCCCUGUAAUUCGUUGGUACAACAGGCACGGAAUAAUUACCACCCAUCCUUCACAGGUGCUCUACUCAAAGUCACAUAAGUCAUCCCCCCAGGCAAGAAGUGGUAACUCCAUUGCAGACAGAGCCUACUUCAUUAUGUCUCGCAGUGGGUCAAGUUCCUUAUAUAUUCAGCCUCUUACAGUAGAGCAUGCUGGGAAAUACAUCUGUGAAGCAACAAAUGAUUAUGGACUUGCUCGUUCAGAGACUUCCCUUACAGUUGUUCCCUAUGAAGCCAGUACAAAAGCAGCAGCUCCUCCUUCUGAAGUUGCUCAGAAUGAUGAUGGAGAUGGGGAUCUUGAUUCAGAAAUGAGCCUCCCCAGAAAGUCUCCAGCCGAGAUUCUUACUGACAAAACUGCUACAGAAAAAACAUCCAGUGGCAUUUCCCCACCCGAAGCGCCCAUCAUUCUCAGCCCUCCACAAACACUUAAACCAGACCAGUAUAACCUGGUCUGGCGAUCUGGAAAGGAUGGUGGUCGGCCAAUCAACGUUUAUUUUGUGAAAUAUCGCAAGCUGGAUGGCAAUGUUACUAAUUGGUAUACAAUCCGUGUUCCUGGAAGUGAAAAUGAACUCAGUCUUACAGAACUGGAACCUUCCAGUCUAUAUGAAGUUUUGAUGGUUGCAAAAAACGAUGCUGGUGAAGGUCAGCCUUCCAUGCUUACUUUUCGUACUAGCAAAGAAAGGUCAUCCUCCUCAAAAACCUCACAGACUCCCUCUCAACCAAUUGGCUUUCCUAAACAUUCUGUCAUUCAGGAAGGAACAACCAACAAUUUUGGCGUGGUCCUUCCAGAUUUGUCUCGACACAGUGGCGUUCCUGAGGCACCAGAUCGGCCCACUAUUUCAACAGCAUCAGAAGCCUCUGUUUAUGUCACUUGGAUCCCGCGUGCAAAUGGUGGAUCACCUAUCACUGCCUUUAAAGUAGAAUAUAAACGUGUUAACAGAAAUAAUGAAUGGCUAGUUGCAGCAGAUAACAUCUCUCCAUCCAAACUUUCAGUGGAAGUUGACAAUUUGGAUCCAGGAACUGCAUAUAAGUUCCGUGUAAUUGCUAUUAAUAAUUAUGGAGAAAGCCCUCGAAGUUCACCUUCUCGACCGUAUAAUGUGGCUGGCUUUACCAACCGAUAUUCCAACCGCCCCAUCGCAGGACCUCACAUUGCUUAUACUGAAGCAGUCAGUGACACCCAGAUCAUGCUAAAGUGGACUUAUAUUACUUCAAGUAACAACAACACACCUAUCCAAGGAUUUUACAUUUAUUAUCGCCCGACGGAUAGUGACAAUGAUAGUGAUUACAAACGAGAUGUUGUAGAAGGUACAAAACUCUGGCACUUGAUAAGCCACCUACAACCUGAAACAUCAUAUGAUAUUAAAAUGCAGUGCUACAAUGAAGGAGGAGAAAGUGACUAUAGCAACGUGAUGAUAUGUGAAACCAAAGUGAAACGUUCACCCGGAGCAUCUGAAUAUCCAGUGAAAGACCUUAGUACACCACCUAAUUUCCCUGAUCGUGGAAUUGGAAGCAAUGCAGGUCAACCAAAUGGUUCAGUCCGGAGUGGCAACAUGUUGUAUCUCAUUGUUGCCUGUGUCCUUGGAGGGAUGGUUUUCAUUCUGAUUGUCUUUAUUGCCAUGUGUUUAUGGAAGAACCGUCAGCAGAAUGCCUUGCAAAAGUAUGACCCUCCCAGCUACCUCUACCAAGGUACGGAUAUCAAUGGACAAAUGGUUCAGUAUACAACUCUGCCAGGCACAAGCCGCAUUAAUGGUGGCGUACAUGGAAACUUUAUCAGUAAUGGAAAACAUAAUAAUGGAUGCCUCCACCUCCAUCAUAAGGUUGCUAAUGGAAUGAAUGGGAUCAUGAACGGUGCUGUCAAUGGUGGAACCGGUGUUUAUCCCGGACAUUCUAACUCGCUCUCCAGAGCCCACAUAGAAUAUGAACACACCCAUCACAUAGGAAAUGGUGGUGAAGUAUAUACCUCCGUCCCUCAGACAGAUCCUUCAGAAUAUGCCAAUUGCAGGAACUGCUGGAAUAACAACAGGUGUUUCACUAAAACCAGUGGCAAUUUUGGCAACAGUUCUGUACCAGUGAUGCCCAUUAUAGCACCUUAUCAGCAAGACAGUCUAGAAAUGAAACCAUUAAAUCACAUGAUUGUGGCCAUGUGCCUGGCAUCCACAGUCCCUGGAUGCAGCACUGAGACUGAGGAGAAUGAUAAGGAGAAGGCAGACUCACCGUCACAUCAGGACACUUGUGGCCAAGAAAAUAUGAGCCCACUCAAUACAAGUUCUAUAUCAGAUCACAGUGGACGUUUGGAGACAUCUGAUGCCAGCUUGAACUGGAACCCCCUUUUUCAUCGGCCGAUUUCAAAACACUGUCAUGAAAAGACCGAAGUGCUUUCAAACGGGGGUGUCACCUUGGACAGUUUGGGGGGACAUCAGCAGCUCCAAAUACAGGAGACUUAAAGAGAAAUGGCCUUCCUUGAUAAAGCCAGUAUCUGCCCAGCAGAAUUGCUGGAAGAGACGGACAACAAGAAUACUAAUUAUUAGAAUCACUAUUUAUUUUUCAUUUUGAGAUGCAGUGUCCUAUGAAUGUAUGUUUUAAAACGCCCUUUUGCUGUUGUGUAUUAUUUAUCCCCAGAGAAAUCCAUCCCCACACCUCCCUCAAUGAAACCAUUCUGAUGAUUGAUGAUACUAUAAAUCAGUGUUUCUCAGCCUUGAUGCCUUGAAGAUCUGUGGUCUUCAACUCCCAGAAUUCCCCAGCCAGCAUAGCUCCCAGGAAUUCUGGGAGAUGAAGUCCACCCAUCUUCAAGGCAGCAAGGUUGAGAAAAACUGCUAGAGAUGAUGUCUUCCUUGGACAGUGACCGUUGGAAAAUUACUGUUGCAGUGUGAUGUAAAGGUUUUAGCAAAUAUACACAAGGGAGAACCUCAGGCCCAAAUUGGACUGCAGCUUAUGAUUAUACAGCUAAGAGGUAUCAGUCAGAUAGAAGAAUUCCAGCCUGUCUCAAAAAUUACAAGCUAUUAGUGAAAUCAUGAUAACUUUCUGAAGGCAUAUUAAUCUGGACUGUUGAUUCAUUUUAUAUGCUGAAUUAUUCUCAGUCUUGCUGAUCAGCAGUUGGACUUAUGUAAGUGAAUGUAAUAAAAUAUAGAGUUCUUCUUAUGCUGGUUUUUUGAUAGCGAGAGGAACAAGGCAGGCCUUGCGAUAUUGUCACAACAAUAACAAAAACGGCAGUAGCAUUUAUAGCCACCUGCCCAACAAUAAGGGAACGCUUGAAUGUGCCUAUUCUGUAGCGUUGUCCUUUGUUUUUAUUCUAAAUGUUUUAAAAUUUACCUUUUGGCGUUCCCUUGGUGUGUCUCAUAUACAAUACUGUUUCACUUGUUACGUGUUGUGUUAGCUUUUUCUCGUAGCAUGGUAGUAUGUUGCGCAAAACAUAAGCUAGGAGAAGAAGAGGUAAAGAAGAUUUUGGAUGCAACUGUGAUAUUAGAAAAUUGCCACAAAUGCUAGGUUGGAAAUAUCUCCUCUUUUCUUUCUCUUUUCAAAGAAAGCAAAGAGCUGCUAUUGUUUUAGGGUUGAUUAAUUAGCCUAAUUAAUUACAAGUCAGAGGAGGGUUUGGAACUUCCAUCUGUAGUAGUUAGUAAUUACAUUUUAUGGCAUUUUCUUUGAAAUAAGUACUAAGAGUACAUUAACUUCUACAUAUUGUUCACCAGAAGUUAACCCUUUUGCACGACUUGGAAAGUUGGGAUGCAAGAUCAGAAAUAUUAAUCCCAUUUCUUUUGGCCAUGCAGAAUUGUUGCUUUACCCAAAAUCAACCAGUGCUAUUAAUAGAGUCCAAUUUGCCCUUCAUUUGUACAAAAAAAUGUGUGUAAGAGGAGAAUAGCUGCGUAGUUCCUCUUCCCCUUUCAGUUUUAACCAGUAUGUAUACAAUGUGAAAUAUCUAAUAAUCAGAGAGACAUAGUUCUAAAAGUGCAGUUGUCCCAAGCAAUAGGGAUUGAUUUUAUAACUGGAUCAAGGAUUGAAAAAUACCAAGAGUAAUAAUGCCAUAAUAAAAUUAAAAAACUGUUCUAGAAGACAAAAAGUGGUGCUCAAUGGCACCCUUGGCCACACUGAAUAAUAUGUGUGCGUGAUUUUGUGUGUGUGUGUGAAAUUAAAAAUGGGCUCUAUUUUUUAUAACUGUUGCAGCAGAGAUCAAAUGCCGUGUGUAUAUAUAGCGUGUGAUUAUUUUAUAUGAUGUAUAUUAUAUAAUUUUAUAAAUAUGACUCCCUUAUGAGAACUUGUCGUGUGGGUCUGGUUUCCUAUGCAAGACCUGGUUUUGAUGAUGCAAAAUGCUGUUUGCUUUACAUUGAAACUUACAGAGAAGGAUUGUGCGCUGUUUGUUUAGACAAUUAAUUUGGAAAGGCUUUAGAAAUUACUUUUCAAUGUUCUUUGAAAUGAGGUCACAAUCUUCUACACGAGUUUGAGGGUAGGACCAGCAUCUCUGCUGGUUGGGAUAGAAGGAGAGGUCUUUUCGCCAAGCCAGAUUGUCAGAACACUUCCCCACCCCAGACCACCCACUCUUGACGGGAGCAGCAGGUUGCUUCUAUCAGGUUCAUCUUUACAGAAAAGUCCAGAUAAGAAACGGAAGUUGUUUUAUACUUUGAACAGAGUUGAUCUUCUUAUUUGAUGGUGGAGAAACGUCAACCCCCUUCCUCAACAGAAUCUCAUCAAGAAUUCUUUUUCCUGUGACACUGUUUUAAGUGUUUUUUUCCUCUCUUAUUGUAUUUUAUUUAUGAAAGUUAUAUAUUGUCUUUAUAUUUUAGGGGGAUCGUGUGUUCCUUCCAAUCAUAGAUGCAUAUAAAUCUUAGAAAGCAUACACGGGUGAUCAGCUCCUGAAAUCUAAAUGCUCCAUCCCCUGUUUAGAUUUGGAUUGAUCUGUUCUACCCAAGAACUGGUCAAGCGAUCUUGUUUGGCAUUGUUUUACCCUGCCAUUUUAAGUUGUAACGGCUUUUCAAAAUCACUAAAAGAAUUAAAUUAGGACGUCUUGUUUUAAGUUAUUUUGAAUGGCUCUUCUUCUUUCUGCCGGCCUUUUAAGUUUGGACACUGUGACCCCUGUAUAAAUCUCGGUCCAUUGUUAAUUUCUCUGGCAUCUUCAUCUUUAUUAGGUAUUCCUUGAAUUGUGGCAUUGGUGUUAGAUCGUUUGCUGAAUUUCAGUAUUGAAAUAUAUUGCAGCAGAGUUUAAAUGCUGUACCUCACUUACAGAGAGUUUCUCAUUUAUCCUCACAAAAAAAAGAUGCAAACCAUGCAAAUAUGCAACUCGUAGGAAAUGUUUAUUGCAGUGCUUUUGCCCAGAAUUUAUUCAACUCACAUUUUGUUCACCUUUGAGUUUGUCUAUUUAAGAAUAAGAAGAAUUGUCAGAGCAAUUUCUAAUGAUAUAAUCAGCAUCCAUGUUAUCCUGAUACAAUGCAUAGGUAAAGCUACUGGCUUGUAGUAGUUGGUUAAACUCUGCUCAUUGCCUGUUGUUAAUGCCUAUGCACACAAUAGCUAUUGGGAAUUUGUCCCAUUAAAAUCUGUGUAACCAACUUAUGUAAAAGGUGGUUUUCGUGCAAUAUGGUUUUAAUUUAAACUGUUUUCCUGAAGGUGUGUGAUCUAGCUACGCAACCUCAAAAAGAUGUUAUUCUCAGAGUUUGCUCCUCCAGUCUUUGAAAAGUCACUUCACUAAAGUAUCGCUGUUUAAGCAAAAAGUGUUAUUUCAGUUUACUUUGAUUUUGCAAUUUAAUUUAAAUUUAAAGAUACAUGUAUUUUUGUCAUAUAAAAAUGUUAUAUUUUCUUUUAAAAGUUGUAAUAUUCUUUUUUUUAAAAAAACUGUACAAAUGUUUAAAUAUUGUAGGUUUGGGCAGACUUUUCUUUGUGUUUAUAAUAUUAAAGAGAAUUACACUGGUCCAGUCUAA